AUGGACAGCAACAUCACGGAACUCGACAAGCGAGGCGACCUUGUCUUGAGGUUUGGUUCCUCCUCAACAACAGACCUGCGUGUCUGCUCCAAAGCCAUGGCGCGCGCUUCAGACGUCUUCGAAAUGAUGCUCUUCGGCCCCUUCAGAGAGUCCCAGAAGGAGGGUGAAGAGUGGAUUGUUGAGCUCCCUGAAGACAACAUUCAACCAAUGACCACCCUCCUGGCUAUCGCCCACGGUUGCCUUAGGGUCGUCCCAGAUAAUGUUAGCGUCCCCCAUCUCUUCGAGCUUCUGGUCCUUGGCGAGAAAUACAACACGAUGCACCUCUUCCGCCCUUACCUUAAAAGAUGGGGGGACCCGAACCGACCUGGUGUCUGGUUUCACGAUGAAACUCUGAUGACCGCGUGGAUUUUUAGAGAACUAGGAGCAAGAGACAUCUUCGAGUCGGCGAUUAUCAAUGCCGCUAGGGAACGCCGGGGCGACAGCACAGUUGGAUGCUUUGUUGGGGACCAAGAUAAAGACAAAGACUCUGUUUUCAACGUUCACAUCAGGGCCUCUGAAAUUCUGGAUAUCAUCACCGCAAAGCAAAUGGCCUUGUUGGAGAGUUCCAUGGAGCCGUUGCUAGAGGCAGCGAGGCGGACUUCGAGCGAUCAAAUAUGCAGGAGAAACUGGCUCUCGAAAAAUAAGAGACAAGCCUGUGCGGAUUCCAUACAUGCUUCGUUGAUCAGAGUUUGCGAGUCGCUUGAUAUUGAUCCGGGCGUCACCUUGUCGAAGGAUGAACUGGCAACCUACCCCCACUCUGCCACCAGGAUCUUUUGGACUGUCCUAACCAUGAGUUUGGACAACAUUCCAGGCCAUGAGUACUGUGGCCCGAUCGACGAGGUCAAGACAGCCACAAAGACAGCCUUCAUUGAUAGAACUGUGGCGAUGAGCCCCAGCCAGCAUCAGUACUUGGAGAAGAAAGCUGCAAUCUCAGGGUGGGAUAAAAUGAGUACGUCACCACUUCCCUGGAGGUUCUCGGGAGAAGAAGACCUCUAUAACUACAAGACGCCCUACAUUCAAUGGAUGUAA